CUGCGGGCGGGGCGGAGGGGCCGGGGCAGCCGCGGGGCCGGGCCGGGCCGGGCCGGACCUUCUCCGGGACCCGACCUUUCCCCGCGCCCGCCGCAGGGCAUGGGCGCCGCGGCUCCGCGCUGCGCUGCCGUGCCCCGGCCCCAUGAGUCCUCGCCGGAGCAAGUGAGUGCGGGAGGCGUCCGGGCGGCCACCGGCGGCCCGUCCUCGGGAGGGAGGAUGUGGUGAGAGGAUGGGGCUGUGUCCCGCGGGGGCUCGCCAUGGCCAGGGAGGACUCGGUGAAGUGCCUGCGCUGCCUGCUCUACGCUCUCAACCUGCUCUUCUGGUUGAUGUCCAUCAGCAUAUUAGGUGUUUCUGCUUGGCUGAGAGACUACCUGAAUAAUGUUCUCACUUUAACUGCAGAAACAAGGGUGGAGGAGGCUGUCAUUUUGACUUACUUUCCUGUGGUCCACCCAGUUAUGAUUGCAGUCUGCUGUUUCCUCAUCAUAGUUGGAAUGCUGGGAUACUGUGGAACGGUGAAAAGAAAUCUGUUGCUCCUUGUCUGGUAUUUUGGAAGCUUGCUUGUAAUAUUCUGCGUUGAACUGGCCUGUGGUGUUUGGACCUACGAGCAGGAAAUAACGGUUCCAGUGCAGUGGUCUGAUAUGAUCACACUGAAAGCCAGGAUGACCAAUUAUGGCUUACCUAGGUACCAGUGGCUGACCCAUGCUUGGAAUUUCUUCCAGAGGGAGUUUAAAUGUUGUGGCGUGGUGUACUUCACAGACUGGCUGGAAAUGACAGAAUUGGACUGGCCACCUGACUCCUGUUGUGUCAGAGAGUUCCCAGGAUGCUCUAAGCAGGCACAUCACGAGGAUCUCAGUGACCUUUAUCAGGAGGGAUGUGGUAAAAAAAUGUACACUUUCUUGAGGGGGACGAAGCAGUUGCAAGUGCUGAGAUUCCUGGGAAUCUCUAUUGGAGUAAUGCAGAUCCUGGCUAUGAUCCUCACUAUUACUUUGCUGUGGGCUCUGUACUAUGACAGAAGGGAUCCCAGAGCAGAUCAGAUCAUGGCACUGAAGAGUGAUACCUCGCAGGAGCUGUCAUGUCAUUCCAUGGAGCUGCUGAAACCAAGCCUGACCAGGAUCUUUGAGCAUACAUCCAUGGCAAACAGCUUUAAUACACACUUUGAGAUGGAAGAGCUAUAAGCGAUGCAGUGAAUCUGUGACAUCACAGAGGAUUUUUGUUUUGUUGUUACUUCUGUUCUGUUCCAUCAAAUAUACCAGUCUUCUUAUGUGUCAGAAACCAGCUAAUGAAUGGAAGUGAAGGAGACCAACAAAGAAAGAUGAGCCUGUUGCCAGCCUCUUAGCCAUGUCCUCAGCUGUGAAAAAGAGUUGAUUUUGUGUGCUCAGUUUUUAAAAGGCACUCAUUCAGGUGGGCACAGUAAUACUCACUGUCACAAGCUGUGUGAAGUGUAAAACACUGACUCAAUCACAGGUAGACUGAACCUGCAAGGAAGCAUCAUGGGAAGGGAAGAGAAAUAUUCAUCUUCUGAAGAAUCAACUGUGCUUUGAGCAAACAAAAUGUGACUUCAGCUGAAAUAGACUUUUAAUAAGCCAUUUGGAAAAUGUCUUUAUCAGGGAUCUAUGUAUGUAUAAUUGUGUGUUUUCAUGUGUGCAUGGAAAGCAGAGCUACAAUUCAAGUUAAUACUUGGAUUAAAAAAUUUGCAAGAUUUGUGAAAAGGGCGAGAUUUUCUUUUUUCUAACAAAACCUUUAUCUUAGUUUUUGUUCUUAAAGAUGUUCUAAAACUUCUAUUUUUAUCUAACAUAAUGUUUUUUUUAGUUUAAAAUAUAUUAAACAGGGAUUGAAAACAAAACUAUUGCUGCGGACAAUAGACUUUAGUUUUCUGGAGAAUUCUUCAUUCAAACAGUUUGUUCUGUCGACUGUUUUGUAGUAAAAAGGAAGAAAACCUUAAACAUUCUUUCCAAAAUGGGAAUCAAUAUGGGAGUAGCACAUUUUUAUAGGUAAAUCUUUUCUCCUGUCCAUGAUUCCCCUGAAGCUAGAAACAAAAAACUGCAAUAAAAAUGCUUACAGUUCUGGAUGCUAUUGCAAUAAUUGUAAAAAUACAUGAGGAAAAAUUUUACUUUGAUGAGUGCUUCAUUAAGAACUCUCUGGUGGCUUAAAAUGCCAGCCGGAAACAGAUUAAAAUGUAUUUAUUGAGGUGGGGAAAGUGCAUUUUACUGUAUUUUUAUGAACAAUGUCUAUGUCAUAGGAUUAUUUUUGCAAUUGGCCACGCUCUUGAAAUAUAUAUUUGUUCCACUGAGUAUAGUAGUUUGUGGCAAAUGGGCUUUUUACAUAAUAUUACAUUUAAAAAAUUAGUUCAUUUGUUUUGGAAUUUGUAAAAGAAAAAAGAAAACAAGGUGUGAUUUGGUAGACAAUAAAAUUACUUUUCUCUUAAA